UUGUAGCCUUAUUACAGUUUAUCGAGUCAGUUAUUCUCCUGAUUACGAUCAACUUGUCGGAGUCAAGACGGCAAUGACUACGCUAUAUAAAAUGUUCCCAUUCCUUAUAAUCAUUCUGUGUGCAAUUGUGCACGUACACUGUAACGGAAACAGGGAGACAAAUAGAACAGAAUUGGAAUUGAGAACCCUACAAGACAAUCCUUGCAACUGUUAUUUUCAGGACUCAUGUGGAUGCAUUUGUUCCAGACCCAUUUCAUGGUCGCAAUUCCAACUCCUCCCUCAAAAUUUUAAGCCCUGCAGAGGCUUUACUCUUGCUUUGAGGGGAGGACAGUUCCAUUCUUUUCCUGGCGAUUAUUUCUACAGGAUAGGGAACGUCAAGGAUUUUGUUCUAGAUAUUAGUAGAGUGGCAUUCCAGUACUUGAAUGAUCCGGAGAGCGAAUCAUCACCCUUCAAUGGAGUGACGUUUGAUGUUAGUGCUUUUAUACGAAUGCAUGAGGUCAAUGUUGUUCGGCGGUGGAAUUGGGCCGCCAUGUACUGGCUAACUCCUACUUCACAAAACGCUUAUUGUGAAGUACAGAUUGUCCAAAGCUCAGUCCCCGUUCUUCAAUCAGAUUUUGGAAGGAUCUGUCAGGGUGCUGUUACUGUUGUGAAUGUCGUAUCAUCGGGUCUCAUUGGUUUAGAAAACCACGUCUUCCAACCAUUCUACAAGCUUACUGAACUGGACUUGUCCAGCAACCGUCUUCAGGACCUGAGAAGAUCACUAUUUGCUUAUCCAGCCAGAAUGUUAGAAAUUAUUAAUUUGGCGAACAACAAUAUCCGGUCAUUGCCCAAUGAUAUGUUCUCUCAAAUGCCUGCCUUACAGAGUGUCAAUUUAAGGGGAAAUCCAAUAACUAAUAUUGAUGAAAGAACAUUCAGGCCUAUUUUCCGUACAGUUGAGAUUGUUGGACUUGAAAGUUUACCAUUAACAUGUGAUUGUAAAGCUCGAUGGAUGAAGGAGCCAGCACAACUUUGUGGAGCAAACGUGUUUGGACUUGCUGAAGCUAUAUGCAAUGGCCCAACUCCAUUUAAAGGAUAUAGUUUCUUCAACGAUACAUUACCAAAAGAUCUCGUUUGCUAAUCUUUAAUACUAUAAUUUUGGCUAUUUGUGAAGAUUUAUUACGGUUCAGUUACUGGUUUUAAUUAAAUGAUUAAAGGUCUUAUAAACAUUUCAUUAUUGUAUUUUGUUAAAGGUUGAGACUGAUUUCUCUAGUAUGUGUAAUAAAAAUUUAUGUUAUCUAA